CCGGGCCUGGAGUAUUUGAUUCAGACUGCCAGACUGUCUCUUCCUUCCAUUUUGAUAAUAAUAAAUAAUGCUCCUGCCCUAUCUCACCUUGCCGUACCGUUCUUCCUUCCGUACCACCAUCUCAGCCGUGUUACCCUCCCUUGCCCGCCGCGUAUCCCGACGGACGUAUACUAUGGCCACACAAGGUUUCAAGCAGGCACCUCACAAGCUAUUGGUUAUUCCGGGGCCCAUCGAAGUAUCCGAUGAAGUUCUCUACGCAAACGCCCAUCCAUCCAUGUCCCAUGUGUCGCCAGAAUUCGUUCCUGUCUUUGGCGACUGCAUCCGGAUGACCAGGGAUGUCGUGUUUUCAGCCGAAGGACAGCCGUUUUUGAUUAGCGGCAGUGGAACCUUGGGAUGGGACCAGGUCGCCGCCAACCUGAUAGAACCCGGAGAGGACGUACUCGUACUGCAUAGCGGCUACUUUGGAGACAGCUUUGCCGAUUGGUGAGGUACACUCGUGUAAUUCGUCUUUACUGACUUCCGGAAUAGUAUAGAUACAUACGGCGGGAAAGCAACUCAGGUCAAGGCCGACAUUGGAGCCGCUUGUAAGCCAGAGUGAAAUAGAAAAGGCG